UAUGACUUAUUUACGGUGACACAUCUACAUUAUAUAUGUGUUUAUUACAGUAUAGCUGUACCGCCUCACACUUGGAGAUAUAUACAGAUUAAAGGAUCAACUCUAUGGUUACUGCGCCCCUGUCACAAAGAUGGCGUUUUUGAAGUGGGAGGAUUAUGUCAUUUUCAUCAUAACUCUAGUGUUUUCUCUAGGAAUCGGUUUAUACUAUUCUAUAAGAGACUCUAAAAAGAGAAGCACGAGGUACUUUUUACUUGGAGAUGGAAAAAUGGCGAUAUUUCCUGUUGCACUAUCCAUGAUGGUAUCUUUUGAGUCAGGGAUCAUGAUGUUGUCCAUUCCCGCGGAGGUUUACAUGUAUGGGAUGCAGUGGUAUAUAUCUAUCAUAUCGAUGUUUAUAUCCAAUAUGCUAACAAUGCAUCUCAUCAUACCCACACAAAGGAAACUGAACAUCACUAGUUUGAAUCAGUUUUUCGAACUUCGGUAUAACUCCCAUGGACUGAGAUUAUUUGCCACUAUAAUUCGUUUACUAGCAGUGACAAACUAUCUUGGCAAUGUCGUGUUUGUACCGGCUGUCACUUUGGAAAUCGUGGCCGGCAUCCCUGUAUGGAUCUCGAUCGUUACAUUGAUGGGCGUGGUCGCAGUUUAUACAUUAAUCGGAGGAUUCCAAGCUGUUGUCUGGACUGACGUGUUCCAAACCAUCUUCAUGUUUAGUGGUAUGUUUGCAGUUUUAAUCAAGGGUACAAUGGACGUAGGUGGGAUUACGAAUGCGUGGAACAUUAUAUCAGAAAAAGGAAGGUUCAACAUGCUCAACUUUGAUCCGGAUCCUACAUUACGUCAGUCUUUUUGGAGUCUCGUCGUUGGAGGAAUUACCACCGGACUUGAACUACAAUUCAGCCAGCAAUCUUUCCAAAGGAUCAAAGCGACACCGACGAUAUCUACUUCUAAAAGAAUGUUUAUCUUAGCUUCCAUAUUGUCCCUCAUUAUAUCUGGGCUGGCCGUUCUGGAGGGCGGUGUAAUGUUUGCGUACUAUCAUGUGAAGGGUUGUGAUCCUCUCGAAGCAAAACAAGUCGUUAAUCAGAAUCAGCUGAUAGCAAAAAUGGUUCGAGACAUUUUCCAGGAUAUCCCAUGCCUAUCAGGAUUAUUUUUAGCGGCUGUGUUUAGCGCUUCGCUAAGUACAAUGUCAUCGCUGUUAAAUAGUUUGUCUGCCAUUUUUUGGGAGGAUGUUGUCAAACGACACACCAAGCCAAUGUCGGAAAAACGAGCUGUAUUCAUUACACAGGCAUCAGUAUUAUUGUUUGGGGGACUGGCUAUAUGUUUUGCCUUUGGUAUUUCUGGAAUUGAUGGACCGGUAUCACGGAUACUAGAUAUUACUGGAGCGUCCUUGUCUGGUACACUCAUCGGAUUGUUCUUACUUGGCUGGUUCGUGCCCAGAGCGAAUGCGCUGGGUGCUUUUGUCGGCGGCCUUGCAUGUUUCCUGUUUAUUGGCUGGAUCUCCAUCGGAAAGUUGGUUUCUUCUGGAGUGAGGGUGAAUGUCAAAUUAGAGCCUGCUUCAGUAGAACACUGUCCACACCUAAAUGCGUCUUUGAUUACGGGUGAUACAGAUAUAUACAGCCAUACAACAACAAAUAGCACGUGGAAUUCUACAUACACGACACUCCAGGCAAACCAGACACUUAUAUUUCCUGAACCACAGGGCCUGGACGUGCUGUAUUCUCUGUCCUAUAAAUGGUUGUUACCGUUAGGUAUAAUCCUGGUUUUUACUGUUGGAUCACUCGCCAGUCAUCUACAAGCUCCAAUACCAGUCGAUCCAUUAGUUUACGUACCUGUGUGUGACUACCUGACCCGAUAUAUCUGUACACCAAUCAAAAAGAAGUUCCGGCGUGGAGUGAAAUAUUCUGAACCCGACCAGGAAAUGGCUGAGGAGACAAUGUUUGUAGAAGAAAAGCCGGGAGAUGAAAUGAUUGUAGAUGUUGUAUUAGAAAGUACAACAACACAAGAAAAGACUACUACAGACAUAAUAUGAAAAAAUACAAGGAACCAUUAAAUAUUCUUACUAUAUUGGAUAUCAAAU